AUGCUCCUGACAACGGGCAAGGCGGAGCCAAAAGGCCGAGAAGCGAUCCUGCUCAGCCUUCUGCCCUCGGUGCCCAUGGCCAGCCCCACGCUCACUGGCCAGUUGCCUGAGACAGUUGACAGCCCCUCCCCACCCCCGGGGCCCUCUGCCUGCGGGCAGGAUGACGUCACCGUCGGAACCGGUGCAGACAAGCGCGCGCGGGAGGAAUUAGCGAGGCUGGCAGCUGGAGACGCCGGGAAAGAGAGAGGAGGAACCAGUAAACUAGCAGAAGCGGGGCGGGGUCUGCCCCGUCCGGGCGGGGGGCCUAGCCCCCUUACGGACUGGCUCCGCCCCGCCGUGUCCGACGCGCGCCAGCCAAUCCAGGCAGGCCGCGGUGACGCGCAGCCUAUCAGCGGCCAGGGCUCGCCGGGCGCUUCCGUGUUUGCGAGCGCGUCCGGCCCUAAUCCGCAGGGGGAGGGGGCGAGGGCGACGGGUCCCAGGGUCACCUACGUCCGCACCGCCCGGCUUGGCCCGCCUGCGGGGGCUCGCCUUCUCCCUGGGACCCCGAUGGCCUCGGAAGGCCUGGCAGGGGCGCUGGCGGCCGUGCUGGGGGGCCGGGGUCUGCUUGUGCAGAGCUAUGACUCGGGGCCGGCCGGGGAGCCGCCGGCGCCGGUGCGGCUGCGGAAGAACGUCUGCUACUUCGUGCUGGCCGUGUUCCUCAACGAGCAGGAUGAGGUGCUACUGGUCCAGGAGGCCAAGAAAGAGUGUCGUGGGUCAUGGUACCUUCCUGCAGGGAGGAUGGAGCCUGGGGAGACCAUUGUGGAAGCGCUGCAGCGGGAGGUGAAGGAGGAGGCUGGGCUGCAGUGUGAGCCUCUGACGUUGCUGUCUGUGGAGGAGCGGGGCCCCUCCUGGAUCCGCUUCGUGUUCCUCACUCGCCCCACAGGUGGAAUUCUCAAGACUCCCAAGGAGGCAGAUGCAGAGUCCCUGCAGGCUGGCUGGUACCCACGAACCUCGCUGCCCACUCCGCUGCGAGCCCACGACAUUCUGCAUCUGGUAGAGCUAGCUGCCCAGUAUCGCCAACAAGCCAGGCACCCUCUCCUUCUGCCCCAGGAGCUUCCCUGCAGUCUGGUCUGCCAGCGGCUUGUGGCUAUCUUUACCAGUGUCCAGACAGUGUGGGUGUUGGUGGGCACACUGGGGAUGCCUCACUUGCCCAUCACUGCCUGUGGCUUCACUCCCAUGGAGCAGCGGGGUGGCAUCAAGAUGGCUGUCCUGCGGCUGCUACAGGAGUGUCUGACCCUGCACCACUUGGCAGUGGAGAUCAAGGGGUUGCUUGGACUGCAGCACCUGGGUAAAGAUCAAACUGAUGGUAUCUGCCUGAACGUGCUGGUGACAGUGGCUUUUCGGAAUCCAGGUACCCAAAAUGAGCCCCCAAAGGUUCAGGGUGAGAACUUCUUUUGGUGGAAGGUGGUGGAGGAAGACUUGCAGAGCCAGCUCUUACAGAGGCUUCGGGAAUCAUCUGUUGUCCCAAUCAACAGAUAGGAGGCUGCUGUCAGUGGGCCAGGAGCUGGGCAUCUGUGCUUCUGAGGCUUUGCCUCUGAGAGGGGCAGAAGGUUGGCAGUCAGAGAUCUUCUUGCAUGAGGAGCCAGACAGUUCUCCUGGUUCUCAGGGGAACUUCCAUCUCUUGUUGCCAUGGAGUACAUCCCUGCACUGCACCAGAAGGGACACUGCCUUCAACUAAGCAAGGAGUCCAGAGCUCAAGGUCCCAGUUGCUCUGAGGGCACAAUGAGGGCAUGACUCCCUAAGGGGAUGUGAGGACUUU